UGGGCGGCACUCCAAACUCGUCGAGGAGGCCAAGUCCACGCAGCAGGAGAUCCAGAGUCUCGAGAGCCAAUACAACAUGGCCAAGCAGGCCGCCACGCAAGCAGCCACACAGGACGAAGAUCUACUCUCGACCUUGCAAGGAGUUCUCGCAGCCCGUAUGCCGCCAGGCAGCAGGGCACCACCCGACCUAUGCUCGAAGGUGGCAGAGCUCGCCUCCUACUUCGACGACCUCACCGCCCAGCACGCGCAGACCCAGUCGCCCUCAGGCUUCCCUGCCGUCGGCCAGUGCCCAGAGGACGAGUCAGGAGUGGACGCUGGCUCCGCGGCAAGCCAGCAGACCAACCCCGCCGAGCAUGUGCCGACCCCGACAGACACCGAGCUCGACGACGGCAAGAUGGACGAGUCGGAGUCCCUGGUGCGCGCGGCGUCCGCCCUCCAGUCCGUGGCCAGCGGCAUGGCGGAGAUCCAGGGCGAGAACGGCCCAGAGGACCAACUACGUCGCGUUCCUGGCGGAAACAUCUACACGUUUGCCACGAUCAACGGAUCGUGCUGGGGAGCAGUGAAGGCCUUCGUUGAGUCCGCCACUGCGAAUGAUUUAACUUUCAUUUGCGCACAGGAGUGCAAGCUAGAGUCAGGUGAUAGCAUCACGCGUCAGAUUCAAUGGUGCUUCGCACGCGGCUGGCUCGCCCACAUUUCGCCAGCCGCCCGCAGCCCCUCGGGUGAACUCGUCUCGGGGGUGGCGGUUUUAGUUCGGGACGGCUUGGACUUGGGGGCCCAGCCUCUCCCCUUCCCUCCCGCGACGGACAGCUCCAGGAUCGCUGGAGUUGUCAUCGAAGCGCCAGGGGUCCCAGCCUUCGGUUUGGUGAGCGCUUAUUUUCAGGCUUCUGUGGGUCUCAAUGAGACCAAUCUAAAUCUGCUGGCCACAAUCGGCCAGACCCAGGAUCUCGCGGGCAAGCCUCUCAUUGUUGCUGGUGAUUUCAAUUUGCAGCCAGAGAGGAUCCAGAAAGGCACGGAUUUUCUUACUCGUGCCACGAUGUUGGUUGCGGCGCCCACCGCUGCCACCUACUGCACUAAGAAGACGAAGUCGACCAUCGAUUUCUUUCUCCACAGCCAG